ACCGCACCGAGCCGAGCCGGGCACAGGCACCAGCGCCCUGCAUCCACGGCAGCACGAACGACACGACGCGCACGCGGCGGCCUGCUCAUGCAUGGUGCAGCCUAGCUCCCCGCCGCCGGAGACCACCACCACCACAUGUUGCAUGAGCAGCAGGCACCGGUAGCAGCAGCAGCAGCAGCAGCAGCGCCGCCGCCGCCCGUGCCUUCGGCGCCCAGCAACGACGGCGGCGAUGGGGACGAGGGCACCGCGACGUUCCGCGACAUCCACCCUCUGACCCCCGACGUGCCGACGCCCCCCGCGCGCACGGCCUCCGCGUCCUGGGACACCGCCAGCCACCGCUCCUACUCCUCCGAGGAGCAGUACAUGACGAUGAGCCGCGAGUUCACGGCCAUGGUCGCCGCCGGGGCGACCAUGCAGACCGGCCCCAACGCCAACGGCAGCGCCGGCGGAGGCGGCUACGACAACGGGGCCGACCAGCUCACCAGCAUCGGCGAGGACGAGCUGGAGGAGACCAACCCGUUGGCCAUCGUGCCGGACAGCCACCCCAUCGCGACGCCGGCCAGGUCCAGGGCGUCCGGGCUGGAGGUGGUGCCCGCGGGGCCGCCGCCCCCGCCGGCGCAUGUGGAGGCCAGCCAGGUGAAGAAGGAGGAGGUGGAGACCAAGGUCACGGCGUGGCAGACGGCGGAGGUGGCCAAGAUCAACAACCGCUUCAAGCGGGAGGAGGUGGUCAUCAACGGGUGGGAGACCGAGCAGGUGGAGAAGGCAUCCGCAUGGCUCAAGAAGAUCGAGAGGAAGCUGGACGAGCAGCGCGCCAAGGCGGUGGAGAAGACGCAGAACGACAUCGCCAAGGCGCGGCGCAAGGCGGAGGAGAAGCGGGCGUCGGCGGAGGCCAAGCGGGGGCUCAAGCUGGCCAAGGUGCUGGAGCUCGCCAACUUCAUGAAGGCCGUCGGGAGGGUGCCCACCAAGCGCUCCUUCUUCUAGCCGGCGACCCGGCCGUCCCUCCUCCGGCACCACCUGUUCGUUCUAGCCGGCCAGUGCCUGCGUGUCCUGAACCUGUUGCUGCUGCUCCAUCACGCCUAGCUAGUAGCACGUUUGUGUGACGAUGUAUGCUUCUGCAUCCGAGAACCCUAAUUGUAAAAAAGAUUUGUACGCUGUAUACGAUGUACUGUCGCCGCCCUGCGAUGCCUGUGAUCCAUCACGGCGCAGAGUGGCCUUUUUUCUUCUCUUUUUGUUGGCUUGUAUAUCGAUCCAUCCGUAUGGUGUUAUCUUGUUUGCGUAACCGUGCAAACAUUCAGAACCCCAACACUGCAAGAGAGCUGCUACUUGUGCAGAGAAUA